CCGCGUGAGAACACGCUCGGCCGCAUCGCGUCUUCCAGCUUUCUGCCUCGCAAGAAACUAACUUUCACAUAACGGUGUUACACGGCGACGGAAUACACCAUUGCAGGUGUUGCUAAGAUUGAAAUCUGGGACAGGACUAAAAACUCGAUCAUCUUUAUCAACCCUUGGACAAGAAGCACGCCAAACAGGAUCCACUCGGUUCGCUCACUCUUUGCGCCACCAAUAUGCCUCGCUCAUCCAAAAGACAGACGAGGCUGACCUUUGAUCCAUUACCGACUUCGUCGCCCGCUCCACCAGACAUGAGCCUGUCAGUUCGCGACCGUGCAGCAACGGUUCGAUUCGAGGGAGCCAGCCCCAUCAAGAGACGCAAAGUGCAUGAUGCGCCUGGAGCCUCGUCCCUUGCAACUACACACACUUCGCAGAUUCCUGACAAGAUCCUACCACCGACACCUGACGCCACAGGGCCGGGUAACUCCUUCGGCGCCUCUGUAGUCAGCGACGACGAACUGAGACCGACCCCGAGACUGUCAAGCCGGAAAAGUCACAAGAAACAGCAGAAGCUUGAUCUUACACCAUCGAGCCCCAGAGCCAUCAACCACGCACAGCCAGUCAGAGCUGGCUUCUUCGGAACACAACAGCAGGCGAAUCCCGAUUCAAGCGACGAGUCUGACCAACCUCCACCGAAGAUGUUGAAGAAGAGACAGAAGAAGCAGCGACGACAGAAGCAGAAGUCACCAACGCCGGACGUGGAAGAAGAGUUCGAACAGGAACCAGCUACAGUCAUCUCGGAUAACGACAGUGAAGAUGACCUACCAACUACACCGGCAGUGAACCGCAAACGCAAACGUCAAGCGCAGAGCUCGUCUCCGCUCUCACUCGUUCCCGACGACGAAGACGACGACAGUGACGUUGUCAUCACUGGUUCUCGAAAGCGGUCGUUAUCGACGAAGAAGCGAGCACCGUCACCAGAAGACGAUUCAGAUCGCGAUCUGUCUGACGAGCCACCAUCAUCAAGGUCACGCAAACGACUUCGACGUGGCAAAGAAGCAGCACCCAUGAGCACAAUCACCGAGGAAGAAAAGCAAGAGUUGGAGAACGAUCUGGUGGAUCUGGCUUCUAGUGGUAGUGACACAGAAGUUCGCGUCUCACAAAGAAACAAGUCUUCUUCACAAAAAAAUGCUCGUCGACUAGCGCUAGAACGUCUGAAGGCCAGAAGAGGCGCACCCAUGAGCAGUCUCGUCGAAGAUGAGGAUGAAGAGGACGAGGAAGACGAGGAACAGCACAACGACGAAGAGUAUGAUUACGACCAAACCUCUGAUCAGGAAGACGAAGACGACGAACUGCCGGAGCCAUCGACUCACAGGACUACCCGCAAACAAAUGUUCGCCGAAGACGAGGAAGACGAAGGUUUUAUCAUUGAGGAUGACGGUCCGCUCGGUGUCCCAAACAAUGUUCCCAUCGCCUUCACUCGCUAUGCCUCGAUGAAAGCAAAAGACCUCUUCCGCUUUGCCAUCGACUGGAUGGUUCAAAAGAAGAUCAACCCCGCCUUCCAGAUGGACGACGAGAUCUACGAUUUGACCUUCAAGAAGCUCGAUGACGAGGUCAAGGGAUUGGCAGGUUCCAAGUUCCAAUCUGCAGCAUGGACGGCUCGGUUCACGCUGGCACUCCAGGCAAGACCAGAUCUCCUGUCUGCCCGUCUCGAUCGAAAAUCGUCAGAUCAUUUCGGUCGUGACAAGUGUGAUGCUUGCAACAGAUCAGGACAUCCUGCGACCUACGAAGUAAAGUUCGAGGGCAAGCCCUACGACAAGAACUCGCUGGAGCCUGUAGCACCACGCAAGGACUCCAACGAUGACUCUGACGAAGACGAUGAGUCCAGCUCCGAGAGCAGUGUAGACGAAAACGCACCUGUGAACUACGAUUCCCAAGGCCGUCAGAUCCUGCCCGAAGAAACAGUCUUCUACCUCGGCAAAUUCUGCAUGAGCAACGCAGAGACCGCUCACUCACUCCAACACUGGCGCUGGCAUCUCUACGAAUGGGUCGUGGAAUAUCUCGAGAGCGCGGGCUGGAACACUCCCAAACUCAUCGUUAAGCGCGAUGGUUGGAGCAUUCGUAAGCGCAGAAAGCAUGCCAACAAGAUUGUGGAUAUCAUGGAGGAGCAGGGCAAGAUCAAGGCGUUGUACUCUGACUUUAAGAAGGAGAUCGAUACUGCUAGAAAUGCCAAGCAGGGUCGAUGGGAUAGUUCUCCGUAAGGAGGAUCGGGGCAGAAGAGGGACUUUGGAGACGAAUUGACAGCUUUUGUAAUAACAUGCGAUGGGACACGAGGCGGUAUCUUCUCCUACGACAGUAUUCACUUCUUUUUCAUACUUCAGAAACAUGACAAGAUUCUUGUGCGAUAGUAGGGUCUAUGUGAUAUCAGGGAGAGGUCACGGGCAGACACAGAUGCCUUCCAACUGUUCUAAUACAUUGAGACACGUAGACAAGACUUCAGGACUGAGACCAUGUCUAAA